GCCAUUUUGUGCUGCUGCGCCGGGUAUUUAUCAGAAGAGUCGUGACUAUCCCGUUUACACUGCUAGUUAGGCUGACAGACGGCUCUUGGUUCACUCGGGUUCUCAUUUCAAGCCUGUGGCCUUCGAUAGCUUUCGCCAAGUGCGAUUUUUGAGUCGACAUUAGCACUUGAUUUUGUAUAUUUAGUUUAUUUUUAUACUGUGUGAGAAAGAAUGUCGAAGCCCGAAUCUCCCGAAUACGCUCCGUUCUUCGGAGUAAUGGGCGCCUCUGCGGCUAUGGUGUUCAGCGCCUUGGGAGCAGCCUAUGGCACAGCCAAGAGCGGUACAGGAAUCGCCGCCAUGUCAGUGAUGAGGCCGGAGCUCAUCAUGAAGUCCAUCAUUCCAGUGGUCAUGGCGGGUAUCAUAGCCAUCUACGGCCUGGUAGUAGCAGUGCUGAUUGCCAACAAUCUCUCCGAGGGGGUCUCCCUCUACAAGAGUUUCCUCCAUCUGGGAGCUGGGCUGAGCGUGGGCCUCAGCGGGCUGGCAGCAGGUUUCGCCAUCGGCAUCGUGGGCGACGCGGGCGUGAGGGGCACAGCUCAACAGCCGAGGCUUUUUGUGGGCAUGAUCCUCAUCUUGAUUUUCGCUGAGGUUUUGGGUCUCUACGGGCUCAUCGUCGCCCUCAUUCUCUCCACAAAAUAAACACCCAAACAUCUCCACUACAAGAUCUGUCCUUUAUGUUGCUGCUGGAGAAAAGGUGUAAAACGGGAAAAAAUUGUAAAAAUUUCUGCCACUCGACAUGAAAGAAGUGAAGGCGAGGAAAAAAUGAAUUAAAAUGGCUCCGUAAAUAUGGUCUUAUCUCAACAAUGUGUACAGUUGUCCCAAUUUGAUAGUCAACUUGUAAAUGCGCAAUGUAGUGAUUUGUCUGUCUUGUGUGCGUGUGUGUGUUUCAAAAUUGUAUGAAGAAGAUUCCUUUUUUCCCUCCACUUAUUUCAGGCCUUGAGGCCAGCUGAGGCAGCUUGGCUUCUGGUCUUGGAGAGCUGACCAAAGGGCCGCACAGCUUUUUCUCCUCCCGUAUCGACUUGGGAGUUGACACAAUUUCUGCAUUAAUCUUGAGGAUCUAUUUGUAAAGAGAUAUGUAUAUGGACUUACGAUUUUUUUCCACUGAUUUUUAUUUAUAAGAAAUUGUUCAUUGAACUGUUUAAUGCAGCAAAAGUCUUUAAUUCCCCAGGAUAUAUUAUACAUAUAUACAGACAUAUAAAUAUCUACAUAGAUAGAUUUAAUGCACUGUGGGUUAAUUGUGAUAAGUGGUUGGAAUUCCUCUGGAUGUAAUUCUUGGUUUAAUAAUUAAGAUUGCCUUUAGUAUGUUGCUGGUGAAGUGGGAGUUUUGUGUGUAGCUGUAUUCUAAUCAUUACACAAACAUUCUCAAACUUCAGUGUUUUUCCUGUAGUACUGCUGUUUGCAUUAAAGGUGUGUGUGCCCCGUGUCGGGUCUCACAAGUGUAAUUUCCAAAUUUCAUCUCCUCUCCAUCUUAUUCACCCCCCUCCCUUCCUCUUCAUCUGUGGCUGUACUUCAUCUCUUCCACCUUCCAGCCAUUAAGAUCCUGCAUGGGUUUCAGUGUUUUGUUGCUGUUGGAUAUGAAGCUGAAGAGCAGGCUAGUUUCAGAAGAUUUAAUCCAGAUCAAAAUACUACUUUUAAUGUAUACUUCCUCCAAAAAAAAAAAAAAAGAAUCAAGUUUAAAUGACACAAGAAUACUUGAUGGUAUCAUUUGUAGCAUGCAGCAGGAAUCCAGUGAGAUUAGUGUUGUAGUUUGGCCUAGUUUCAUGCAAGGACUGGUCCACUUUGAUCUGGGGUUUGUUUUCUGAAAAUGGAACUGCUGCUGACGCAUUUACUGAAGCGCCAAUCUACAAUCCUGUAUUACCACUGAUAUUGAAGUUAUCCUGAUGUGUCGACAUGUGUGUCACAAUCGAAUUAAAGAAGAUUCCAACUUA